AUGUCAGCUCGUUACCGUCCGCCGUCCGCGCCGGAAUCGCCACCUUCGGAGGUGGCCAAGUACGUGCAUCCUGUUUCCGCUCGCUUGCUGCGCGCCGCGCCGUUCCUCGGCUACAUCCCGGUCUUCAGCAUUGCGAUCAGGUCAUUUCACCCCAACGUUGUGCUUGCCAUUUUCAUGCAACGCCUAUUCGAAAAGGGUCUCGCCGAUGGGCUGAUGCGACUGUCGAUCCAACCGAUGCUGACAGGACGCUACGGACUCACCGGCGCCAUGUACCAACGCUUGUCCACCCUCUACACCCUGGGCUGGGCCCUCAACGCAUUCAUCACAGUGAUGGCGGACACGUUCGCGCUGUUCGGGUACACGAAACGGUGGUACUGCGUGGUGUCAGCGGUGGGUGGCAGUGUGUUCGCGCUGCUGUACGGGCUGCUGCCGGCGAAGGAGUUGAGCGCGAAGCCUGCUGCUGCCUUCAUGUUCCUGGCGGCACUGUUCAUGAGCAACAUCGACGUCUUUGCUGUUGCCUUGUACAGCGAGCAGAUCCGCCGGCGUCCAGCUGCCGGUCCAGCGCUGGUGAGCUGGAUGUGGGGCACGGCGCUCAUGGGCAUGAUGAUCUCCAGUGUUAUUCAGGGUCCUCUCUCCGAUAAUGGACUGACUCACUUUGGCGUGUACAUCACAGCCGGAAUCCUGCUGCUGUCGGGUCUACUGUUCGUGUUCAACCUGUUCGGGGAGCGGCCCAACCGCGCUGCACGCCUAGAGGACGCCAUGGUCGAGUUCCUUCAGCACAUCAAGAGCGUAAACGGCGACAGCACAGCUGGCUCGCCGCCGUCGCCAAGUAAGCCGGAUGGGCAUCUCACCAUUGAUAGCCGCGCGGAGGAAGGAGAGGACGACGAUGACGAGCAGGACACGACCGCGACGGAUGCGCAGGGCUUUGUGCGUCCGCGCAUGGACACGUACCUGUGCGGUGCCGUGGAGAUGAACCGGGAUGCCAUUCUGCGAAACUGGCGGAUGGCGCUAUUCUGCCUGAUUCUCACACUCGGCGUGAUCGCGAACGCACUCGUGAACAUUCUUGGCACGCAGUGGGACAUCAUGUAUGCCUGCAUCGUUGUGGCGGUGGUGGUGUGCGUCAGCUCCUUCUUCACGUUGCCGCUGGCCAUUGCAAAGGCGGUUGUGUUCAUGUAUUUCAACUCGAUCCUCUACCUGAACCUGCCCGGCGUGCUGAAUACCUUCUACGUGGCGACGCCUUCAUGCCUUCCCGGUGGGCCGCACUUCUCGUACACGUUCUACAACGCCAUAAAUGGCAUUCUGGGUAACAUCGCAGGCAUCGGUGGCACCAUGUUGUUCACGCAUCUGUUCCCCAACUACAGCUACCGGUUGGUCAUGGGGCUCUCUGCUGUUCUGUUGCCGGCAGCCUCUAUGUUCGACGUUGUCAUCUUGAAGCGCUGGAACCUGGCCAUCGGCAUCCCUGACCACGCCAUGUACAUUUUUGGGGACGCCAUCAUCUACGAAGUGUGCAAUAUGCUCCUGAACAUGCCCAUGAUGAUGCUCAUGUGCCGCAUCGCGCCGCGCGGGUCAGAGUCGAUGGUGUUUGCGCUGCUCGCGAGCAUUUACCACCUCGGCACCUCGACCUCGUCAGCGAUCGGCUACCUGCUGAUGGAAACGAUUUGGCCGGUUGUCACGCAGGGCACGUGUGACUACAGCAACGCGCCUUGGCUGGUGAUCACUGGGCACAUUGUUACACCCGUUUUCAUCUUCCCCUUGGCUUACGUCCUCCUUCCAUCAGUCCGCAUUAGUGAUUACAUUGACCACACAGGUCGGAAGGUGAUGGAGGUCGCGCUCCCGGAGACGCGCACUAAGGCGGCAGAGGAGCCGACUGCCACGAAGACGAGGCGAAACAGCUAG